AUGACGGUCCUGACUUUACUAUUUUGUCUGCUCUUUUUUGAAUUUCAAUUGCCCUUUGCUUUUCCUGCAAGAAAUAUUUCUCUCAAGUGCGUGCAGGACACUGAUGAAUUCCUUUCUGAUCUGAAUUCAGUGGAGCCCAAAGAAUAUGCUCGAAGAAUGUAUGACUCCAUCGGGAAGCUGGGAAGCAAUAUCCUUAAUGGAAAUGUGGACAGGCUGGGAUCUUACAGUGAGUGUCUCUCCACCCACGCUCCGUUGGGGCGCUUCUGAGGGCAGUACUGCAAGCUUCACAUUCUGCAGGAUGGAGCUGACUACAGCGUGGGCAUGUGUGUGCCCAAUUCUUGUGCUGAAGAGGAUGUGACUGAGAUGUCUCGGCUGGAUAUUUUAAGAUUCAGAAGUGCUUCAUUUUUGGCUCCUUCUCUCCCUUUCUUUACAACAAAUUCUUCCUCCUCGUCUGGUGGGGGCGUGGCCAGAUGUGCUCCUGGGUUAUUCCGCCUGGACACGUUUGUUGCCGUGUGUCUGUUCCUCACCUUGCUGGGCCUCGCCCUUCCUCUGGCUGGAACUGUCUACGUGGCAGCCACCGGGUCGAGGUCAGCCCACAAGGCAUUACCUGCACACGAGGUGCAUUCGGCCACUUACGGGAGUCUACCUUUGAGGGAGCCGGCAAGGAGCGAGCCAAGAAACAGAAUCCGACGGAUGGGUUGCCUGGCCCAUCUCUCUCUGUCAGGAACCCCGAGCAGAGGAAAAAGAUUUCUAGGAGCCGUGGACCGUGUGCUGAAAUGCUUUUCUUGGCAGAAGACUGUGCCGACCCUCUGGACCACAGAGAUGCCGGGAAGCACGUGCUCUGCCCUGAAUGGCCUCCGGGUUUUGAGCCUCCUCUGGAUCAUGUCGGGGCACACCGGUCAGAUGACCACGUGGCUGUCUUUGGAUAAUGUGCUUGAAUGGAAAGCCAGAGUGCUUAGAAACCCACUGUACCUUUGCUCCUGGAGUGGCCCUUUCUAUCUUGGGGCUGACACAUUUUUCCUGAUCAGUGGCUGGCUAAGUGCAAGUUCAUUUUUAAAGAUGCUUCAGAAUUCAGACAAAGGAAUAACCCCUAAAGUCAUACUCAGAUACUUUGUCAGUCACCUUACAAGGUUGCAGCCUCUUCACCUGUACUCAGUGUGCUUGUUGGUUGGACUGUUCUCCCUUGUGCCCUGGGGCCCCUUCUGGGAAUUCCACCUGGAGAACUGCCGACAAGCGUGGUGGACGAAUCUGCUGUUGUUGAAUAACUUCCUGUCGGUCCAGGAGGCGAUGUGACCUCUGCUGGCCUCUUUCCACUGCAGCGGCUGGACGUGGCAUCUUGCCAGUGACUUUCAGUUCCAUCUCACCACCCCGGUGAUCAUCUUCAGCCACAGAAAAAGUCAACAUGCCCUUGUCCUCCUCGGGGCCACGCUGUUCUUGGCAUCUUUCACCGCCUCUGCUCUGCUCACACUGGCUUCUAACCUUCCGGUGGCAGCUCCGUCGGAAGCAAGUGAAAACGUGUCCGUGUUGUAUUUCUUGCAGUACUACACGAAGCUCUACUGCCGAUUCGGGCCAUUCCCCGUGGGCCUCCUUCUGAGCAUUUUCAUGCAACAAAAUCACCAGGCAAAUGGCCUCAAAACCAAGGUGCAGGCUCUGCUGGGGUGGAUUUGCUCCCUGCCGACCCCGUUCCUAGCGGUCGCUCUGGCCUACACGGUGGAUGACACCGCUGCCACCGCUUCAGUGGCCGCUGCUGUCUACCAGGCCCCCCACUGGACCCUGUGGGUGGCGGCCGUGGGCUGGGCCUUGUUUGCAUGUCAGGAAGGCUUUGGGGGUGUGGUGCUCAGGCUGCUUUCCUGCAGUAUCUGGAGUUUCCUGGCCAGCAUCAGCUACGCUUGCUACUUGGUGCACCCCAUCCUCAUCAUCCUCUACAAUGGGCUUCAGGAGACGCUUAUUCACCACACGGACAUCAACAUGUUUUAUCUUUUCUCUGGACACUGUUUGCUGACCUGCAUCGCUGGGCUGGCCCUGACGCUGUUCAUUGAGAAACCACGUCAGGAAAUGAAGCAGUGUCUGCUGGGAUCAGUGCCUGCAGGGCCAUGA